CUUCCAAAUUUACGUAGAAAUAAAGUACUUAGCUGCGAAUAUAUCACAAUAAGGCAACCAAAAAAAUCGAUAUCCUUCUCUCGACUAACGCCUGCAACGACCCAAACACCGGAUAGUCAACCUCAUUCCGGCAACAACUCGACUAUAUCUGCUACCUCAAACUCCGUGAAACGGUACGCUCGCACCGCAUGUGACAAUUGUGGUUACCAUAACAUACCGAUUAUGUCACACCCAAUAUCGCCACUAGCGAAAUCGCAAACAAACUUGGAGCUCGUGGAACAUGGCAGUCAACGUCAGGCUCUUUUGCCCCUCCCAGCUAUACAUCAUGAUGAUUCAGCCUACACACUUCAGGUAUCGCGACGUCCUUCGAUAUUGCUACAGGAGAUCCUGACUAACCGACCUCCCGGCAUUGGACGCAAGGAUCCUAGUAAUUUUCUUCAUCCACGAAGCUCCAAAAAUGCAGGAAAUCCUAAUGGAACAGCCACCGGCAGUACGGCAACGAUCAACUUCCACAGCGGCACAGCAAGUGCUCGCAAUGGUUCCAGCGCCAACUACGACAGCGGCGCAAAAAGCAUUCAGGCCAAACAACAAAAAGAAAAAAACCGGAGAACCGGCAAUGAUGCUAUCAGCUCGGCACUUUCUGCGACCUAUUGCAAGCUACUAGUGCUCCUAGGAGUCUGCCUUCCCAUUACGGAGGUCAUUUCAGAUCAAAUACCAACCUAUGUCUAUCAAGGAUUUUAUGUUUAUUUAUAUGCUGGAAGCAUAUUAUUUGUUGUAUUUGUUUAUAUAAGCGCAUUUCGUAAUCGUUCUCUCUUCAAUGCCCUAAAGGAUUUUCACGAGAAGAACAGCAACAUACACCUUAAGCACAAGGUGACUCACUUCGGAAGUUUUUAUCUACGCGUUGGUGCUAUCGCCUUCGCCAUCGGUACAAUGGUGUAUUCGGGGCUGGAAUUCGGUCAAUUCUUCGAACUGAAUGGACACCCUGGAUGCCACGACGUCUUUGUAGCCAUUACUCCAAUCUGCCGUAUGGUACUCUGCAUUGCCCAGGUGCAAUUCAUCUUCCUCAACACAACAUAUAUGGAUAUGGCACGUCACAAGGUAACCUCGCGUUUCGGACUCAUGCAUAUGGUAGCCACAAAUUUGUGUGAAUGGUUAUAUGUUCUGGUCGAAGAAACUAAACACGAAAUAUUUCACAUAAACCACCAUGAUAUGGAUCCAGGCCACGAUCCUGUCUUACACAACGGAACUCAUGGCGGUCCUGACUGGUCGGCUCUGAAUCAAUCCCUUCACGGACCACUCAACACUGGAUUAAGAAUACAAAACCAUUCUAAUGAAAGCACGAUAAACAAAAUACUAGUCAAUAUGACUAUUAGUAACCUCACAACAGUAGCAACGCCAACACAAUCAACAUUUUCAGGAUGCUCCCGUACUACUAUUAUGGGUGCUUUAGUUCAGCAGCUGUCCCCGUUUCUUUUUCCAUGUACAAUUGAAUACUCUCUGAUUUGCGCAGUUAUUCUGUUUGAAAUGUGGAAGACAGUCAAGUCCAUACCGGACAUCGACAAGACACGCAAGAACUCCAUAAAGCCCAUCGCGCAAAAGCCGGCCCAUCACUUCUCUGUCGACUGCUCUCAGUCACAUAAGGGUCUUUUCUUCGGAAUACUCAUCAUUGUCAUGACUAUUAUAUCAAUGAUUAUGUACUUUGUGCUGUAUACGCAACCCGGCUACGAGCUAAUCGCCACCCAGGAGGUAACACUCUGGGAGACGUUCAUGUACUUCAUGUGCGCCUCCGCGGUAAUUACCGGCAUGAUCCUUAUGCGUGAUCUUCGAUAUAUCAAGGACACAAGCGACGAGCACCAUUCAAUGGAUUUGGAUAAUCUCCUUUUAGUUGUUGCUCAAACUGGCGUCUACCUGUACGGCAUGUUUAGCAUUCUAGGCAGCUAUUUCGCUAAAUGGGAUACGGUCCCAGACCGCGUCGAAGGCAUCAUUGCUGAGGUCUUCGGAGUUGUGCAAACAUCACUGCAGACAAUGUUCAUACUGCAUUCUAGCCACCGGCGCUGCAAAGGCUCUAAGCAGGUGCGCCGCAAGCCCGGCCGCGAAAUUAUUACCUUCCUAUUGGUCGCUAACAUUGCUAUAUGGUUUGUUAACACCCUCAUCAAAGGUCGGGCUGUCUUUCGGCAGACGCAUCUCGAGUUUUUCGGUAUUUGGGGCUGGACAAUUAUCACACAUAUCUCAAUGCCACUGGCAAUAUUCUAUCGCUUCCAUUCAACGAUCUGUCUAUUCGAAGUAUGGAAAAUUACAUAUAAAGCUAAAGCCCACUAAUCCUUACAAAUGCUUGUCAAUAAAUAACGCUUCACUUUUUAUUUCUGCUUUUUAAAUUAUUUGUGAAGGUUUCACAUUAUUAGUAUGUCGGAGCAUGAUUAGUAUGUUGAUGCAUGAAGUAGUUUAAGCCAUUUUUUGG